GAGCGGGGUGAAUCGGGGCGGGCGAAGAGCGACGGCCCCGGGCGGGGCGGAGCGGGGCGGCCCUGGGGCGGGCGGUGCUGCCGGCCGCGCCAUCGCGGGGAGUGCUGGCCCGAGAUGGCGGCGGCGGGAGGCGGGUAGCGGGGGCGCGCUCGGCCCGGCCAUGCACUUCUCCAUUCCCGAGACCGAGACCCGCGCCGGGGACGGCGGCGCCCCCGCCUACGUGGCCUACAACAUCCACGUGAACGGGGUGCUGCACUGCCGGGUGCGCUACAGCCAGCUCCUGGGCCUGCACGAGCAGCUGAGGAAGGAGUAUGGCACCAAUGUGGUCCCAGCCUUUCCCCCAAAGAAGAUCUUCACGCUCACCCCAGCGGAGGUAGAGCAGCGACGGGAGCAGCUGGAGAAGUACAUGCAGGCUGUGCGGCAGGACCCAAUGCUGGGAGGCAGCGAGACCUUCAACAGCUUCCUGCGCAAGGCACAGCAGGAGACGCAGCAGAUCCCCACAGAGGAGGUGGUGCUAGAAGUGCUGCUUUCUAAUGGGCAGAAGGUCAAGGUCACCAUCCUUACGUCAGACCAGACAGAGGAUGUCCUUGAGGCUGUGGCCUCCAAGCUGGAUCUGCCAGAUGACCUGGUUGGCUACUUCAGCCUCUUUCUAGUGAGACAGACCAAGGAUGGAGCUUUCUCCUUUGUGCGAAAGCUGCAGGAGUUUGAGCUGCCGUACGUGUCAGUCACCAGCCUGCACAACCCUGAGUUCCAGAUCAUCCUGCGCAAGAGCUACUGGGACUCGGCCUAUGAUGAUGAUGUGAUGGAGCAUCGUGUGGGGUUGAACUUGCUGUAUGCACAGACGGUGUCAGACAUUGAACAUGGAUGGAUCCUUGUCAACAAGGAGCAGCACCGGCAGCUGAAGUCCCUGCAAGAAAAGGUCUCCAAGAAGGAGUUCAUCCGCCUGGCGCAGACCCUGAAGUACUACGGCUAUCUCAAGUUCGACCCCUGCGUCACCGACUUCCCUGAGAAGGGCUGCCAUGUCGUCGUCAGUGCCGGCAACAACGAGCUCAACUUCCAGGUGCGGCUGCCGAAUGAGCAGAUCAAAGAGGGCAGCUUCAAGGUCACGCGCAUGCGGUGCUGGCGGGUCACAUCCUCGGUGCCGAUGAGCAACGGCCCUUCGGGGAGCAGUCCAGGGAAGUCUGAGGUGAAGCUGGAGUUGGCUUUUGAGUACCUGAUGAGCAAGGACCGGCUGCAGUGGGUCACCAUCACCAGCCCACAGGCCAUCAUGCUGAGCAUCUGUUUGCAGUCCAUGGUAGAUGAGCUGAUGGUGAAAAAGUCUGGAGGCAGCAUCCGCAAGAUGUUUCGGCGGCGGGUGAAUGGGGCUCUGCGGCGCUCUGACAGCCAGCAAGCUGUGAAGUCACCCCCGCUGCUGGACUCACCCGACGCCUCCUGGGAGCCCAUGGCCAAACUCUCGAGCAAGCUCACUUCUGUCAGCCUGCGUGGGAUCAGCCACUCCAGCUCUGCAAACGAUGUGGGUGCUAACGACUUCCACGGCAAUUAUGCCUUUGAGGGCAUUGGCGAUGAGGAUCUGUAGUGCCCCCUAUCCCAGGACAGCCCCGGCCUGAGCAAGGGCCUUCGCUGAGGAAUGUAUGACCUGCAGCCAGGUUGCAAUCAACGUGCCUCUCACCUGCUACAUCCACCUUUCCCUGCUCCCCGGGGCUGGGAGCUCACCCCCAACCCACCAUUGCCUUCGAGGUGGGGGCAGCUGAACUCCUCCCGCUGCUGGCUCCAGCUGGGAGAGGGCUUGUUUGACCUGAACGGUUUGCCCGGGCAGAGCCCUGGAGCUGCAGUGCGAGGCCUGGCCCAGCACGGGGGCAGAGCUGCUCCUGUCCCAGCUGGGAAGGCCUGGCCCAGCCUUGGGGCAGACCCAGGCAGGCUCCAUUAAUGCCAAAUUAGCGUUUAGGUUUCUGCUCCAAGACAGAGUGCAGUAAGCUGUCUCAGGGGGCUCCACGCAGAGUCCCCUCUAACCCGCUCAUAGACGCCAGCGUAAUCUAGGCUUGUAACCACGUAUCUCCUGCUGCUCAGCCCGACAGAGCAUUAAUGGACAGUAACUGAUGUUUACACACUGCAACAAUGAUUAAAAUGGAUCCUGAUUGGUA